UUUUUAUUCAACUUGGGUUAUUUUUUCAGGAAAAGUUAAACUUACCUCUUUCCAAAUUACUCAUGGAAAUAAAUGUGCUAGGUGAGAAUAUCAAAGAAAAAAGAUUAAUGAGGGGGAAAUGCCAUUAAAAGAACACUCUGUAUAGAGCCUAGGCCCAAGGGAUAUCAUGAGCUUGAGGCGAUUUGUAAGAAAUGACACCAGUGAAAAGAUUGCUACAUACCAUUGGAAAUACCCACGUAAGCUAUGGGCACAAGAAAGCCGGUCUGGGUAGGGUCUGCCCUUUCGAAGUUUCCUGUAUGGGUUUCAAUUUGGUCACUGGCUCUGAUUUCUUCAUUUCCCAUUUCUUCAUUUGCAGAAAUGAAAAGGAUGCUCAAGAAACAGUUCUGCAUCUCAAAACUCUAUUCUGGCAACAGAAUGAAGUUACUGGAGUGAUGACAGGAACAUGGGAGAACAAUGCUCUAUUUGGGCUGGAUAUUUCUUUCACUUGUCUCAGGAGAAAGAAUUGAACAAUUUAAUAUUUCAGGUUGUUACACAAAAAAGUACAUUUGGACAUAUUCUACAAGGAGUGAAGAAGAAUUUGUCUUAUUCUGUGAUUUACCAAAGCAACAGAAAUCAUAUUUCUGCCACAGAAGUCGACUCUCACCGACACAAGGCCCUGAGCACCUACCCUUCACUGGUAGUAAGGACCUAUCUGAUGUCCAAUGGUACCGACAACCUUCGAAUGGUGAUCCAUUAGAGGACAUUAGGAAAAGCAAUCCUCACAUCAUUCAGGAAAAAUACACCCUUCGUUUUAGGACCCCAGGGGUGAAUAAUGCUGGAUCAUAUAUUUGUAAACCCAAGAUGAUUAAGAGUUCCUAUCAUGUGGCCUGUUGUGUCAAAAUGAUUUUAGAAGUUAAGCCCCAGACAAAUGCAUCCUGUGAGAAUUCUGCAUCACAUAAGCAAGACCUACUUCUUGGGAGUAUUGGCUCCAUUUCUUGCCCCAGUCUCAGCUGCCAACAUGAUGCACAAAGUCCAGAGGUAAUCUGGUACCAGAAUGGAACCCUCCUCCCUAAGGAAAGGAGCAACCAACUCACAGUGGAUGAAGUUUAUGACUAUCACCAGGGCAGAUAUGUGUGUGAUUACACGCUGUCGGAUACCGCGAGUUCAUGGACAGUCAGAGCUGUGGUUCAAGUGAGAACCGUUGUCGCAGACACUAAACUCAAACCAGAUAUUCUGGAUCCCAUCGAGAGCACACUGGAGGUAGAACUUGGAAAGCCUUUAAAUAUUAGCUGCAAAGCACUAUUUGGCUUUGAAAGGGUCUCUAAACCUGUCAUAAAAUGGUACAUCAAAGAUUCUGACCUAGAGCGGGAAGUCUCAGUACCUGAGGCGAAAAGUAUUGAAUCCACUGUAAAGGGUGAAAUCAUUGAGCGUGAUAUCAUCUUGGAAAAAGUGACUCAGCGUGAUCUUCGCAGGAAGUUUGUUUGCUUUGUCCAAAACUCCAUUGGGAACGCAACCCAGUCCAUCCAACUGAAGGAAAAGAGAGGAGUGGUGCUCCUGUACAUCCUGCUCGGCACUGUCGGGACCCUGGUGGCCUUGCUGGUGGCGAGUGCCCUCCUCUACAGGCACUGGAUUGAAAUAGUGCUGUUGUACCGGACCUACCAGAGCAAGGACGAGACGCUUGGAGAUAAAAAGGAUUUUGAUGCUUUCGUGUCCUAUGCAAAAUCCAGCUCUUUUCAAAGUGAGGCCACUUCAUCUCUGAGUGAAGAAGACUUGGCCUUGAGCCUAUUUCCUGAUGUUUUGGAAAACAAAUAUGGAUAUACCUUGUGUUUGCUUGAAAGGGAUGUGGCUCCAGGAGGAGUGUAUGCAGAAGACAUUGUGAGCAUUAUUAAGAGAAGCAGAAGAGGAAUAUUUAUCUUAAGUCCCAACUAUGUCAACGGACCCAGUGUCUUUGAACUACAAGCAGCAGUGAAUCUUGCCUUGAAUGAUCAAACACUGAAACUCAUUUUAAUUAAGUUCUGUUACUUCCAAGAGCCAGAGGCUCUACCUCAUCUUGUGAAAAAAGCUCUCAGGGUUUUGCCCACAGUUACAUGGAGAGGCUUAAAAUCAGUUCCUCCCAAUUCUCGCUUCUGGACCCAAAUUCGCUACCACAUGCCUGUGAAAAACUCUCAAGGAUUCACGUGGAACCAGCUCAGAAUUGCCUCUAGGAUUUUUCAGUGA